AUGCCUCCGAGUGCACUAGAACCCGUCAUAACCCCUGAGCCUCCCAAAGAAACCGCGAAGCAAAGCGCACCGCCAACCACAAACCCGACGGCACCCAGCAACCCCGCGCACGAAGAGCAUCAAUACCUUACUUUGAUCCGCGACAUACUCGAAAAUGGCGAACACCGCCCCGACCGAACGGGAACUGGCACGCGUGCUAUUCCUUUCCCCGCACAAAUGAAGUUUGCAUUAUCGCGACCUUCGAGCGACCCCACUCAGACACCAGAACUCAUCCUGCCCCUCCUCACAACGAAAAGAGUAUUCACUCGCGCCGUAAUUGGUGAACUGCUGUGGUUCGUUGCAGGCAGCACACAUAGCAAGCCGCUCUCGGACGCUGGUAUCAAGAUCUGGGACGGCAAUGGUAGCCGGGAAUACCUUGACAAAGUGGGCCUGAACCACUACGAGGAAGGCGAACUGGGUCCAGUAUACGGCUUCCAGUGGCGGCAUUUUGGCGCCGAGUACAAGGGACAUGCAGAGGAUUACACAGGCCAAGGCGUCGACCAAAUCGCUGAAAUAAUCGACAAGUUGAAGAACAAGCCCUACGAUCGACGCAUCAUAUUGAGCGCAUGGAACCCCGCAGAUAUCAAGAAGAUGGCCUUGCCACCCUGCCAUAUGUUUGCGCAGUUCUACGUUUCCUUCCCUGGUCACAAGCAAGGCGAGCAAAGACCAAGAGGUGUUUUACACUCCCUUCUCUACCAGAGAUCCUGCGACAUGGGUCUCGGUGUACCCUUCAACAUCGCUUCCUACGCGCUUCUCACACACAUGCUGGCUCAUGUGUGCGAUCUAACACCUGGUACCUUUACGCACACAAUGGGCGAUGCACAUGUAUAUAUAGACCACAUAGAUGCGCUGAAAGUGCAGAUAGAGCGUGAACCGCGAGACUUCCCUACACUCAAGAUCAACCGAGAGAUUGGGGGCAGUAUCGAUGGCUGGAAAGCCGAGGAAUUCGAGGUCGUGGGGUAUAAACCACAUGCGGCUAUAGCCAUGAAGAUGAGUGUAUAG